AUGAACUGCAGCCAGAAUAAAAGCCUCAGUGAUUGUUGGAGUGAAGCAGGAGGAGGAGGAGGUCCGUCCACACAGCCAGGCUUUGUGGCCGCGAGGACAAAGAGCAGCUCUCAGUGGUCGUCGGCUGCUGCAGGACUCCAGACCAGCCGGACGCUCUGCUGCUGCUGCUGCAAACCGCCGUCACUUCUGCUUCUGUUUGCAGGGAGUCGACAUGAAGCGCUGCCUCGGACUGAUGCUGCUGCUCUGUUCUGGGAUGUUUCAUGGUCUGGACUUCGCUGCUACAAGUGCUCUGAUUACACGGGACGCUGCCAGAACGUCCAGGAGUGUACGUUUGAAGACUCCUGCAUCUCUCUGAGUGAGAGAGGCGGGAAGACGAUCCGUCAGUGCAUCAGGUACACGGACUGCGACAACUCCCGCCUCACCCAGAUGUUUCCCGCCAUCACCGGCUUCACCUACAGAUGCUGCAGCAGCAACCUCUGCAACUCCGGCAUCACCGUCACCACGGCGACGCCCUCCCUGGCGCUGGCGGCAGCGCUGCUGAGCGUCUUCUGGAGCUGGAUGUGAAGCCGCUCGGCUUUUCUAGAUCUUUACUGACGUCAUUUAACACGAGCUAAACUGUUUUCAGUUCAGUUUCUCAGGUUGAAGUAAAAUUUCUUUUCCUACUUUGCUUGUUUGCUAAUUUUACAGUUUAAUAAUAAACACAACAACAAACAAA